AUGUCUUUUGACACGCUCAAACUCUCGCCUACGGAGCACUUGGUGGGCCGCUGUCUGAGGUAUCCGCCAACGUUUGCGAACCCUGGCGGCCUCCCCAAGCCCAAACGGUUUCCGGUGGACCAGAUGCAGAGCUUUCGCGACCAAGAGGCUGCUGUUUUCCAGGACCUCUUGUUUGUUUUGAUCGGGCUUGAAGGAUUUUAUAUACGUUAUGCGGACUCGUUUAGCAUCGACGACAGCCCUCUGCAGCGUCUGAUUGGCCCGGAUUUCUCAAUCAACAAGCACCUCGAUUCGGGACUCAAGGAUAUCGCUAAGAGAAUCAGCCGUUUGGGGAAAUACUACGUGAGUUUGGUGUCGUUUGUGGAGCAGUACGACGAUCUGGAGUAUGGAACCGUUGUCCAGGCUUUAUGCUUUGAGAUCAGAGAGGUUCUGCGUAUGUACGAGUCGAUCCUGGUCCAGAUUGAGCACGAGUUCCACCACAACGCAAACUAUUCGGUUACGCUGCUGGAGCAAGAUCUGACCGUCAACACGACGCUCCAGUUGACCCAUUUGUAUGAGCUGGUAAUGAAGAUUGUGCAGGAGAAUGAGAAACGCAAAGAUUCGUCCAACAUGAACAAGAUGCGGUUUGAGAGCAUGCUCAAAUCUCUCAAGGACGAUCAUUACACGGGAACUUUGGACGGAGUCACGUCGGACCCCACCAACAGCAAAGUCGUCAAGGGCGGUUUGGUUUUGAGCUUUAUUCAGUCGGGGAUUGACAAACACAAGGGAGAUGCCGCAUCUUACCAGUUCAUGGUGGACUUAUUCAACAAGGUAUCUGUUGGCUAUGUUUCCAUGUUCAAUUGGUGGCUCGAAACGGGCACCAUCGAAGACCCCUAUGACGAGUUUCUAAUUCACCAAAAUCUCGAAGGCUCUCGUGUAAGUGAGGACUACUGGGCAGACAAGUUUACAAUACGAAGCGAGGGACUGCUGAAACAAUUCUAUCCUCCCAAUGUACAGAAAAAGGUCAUCCUCACAGGCAAGUAUUUGAAUGUGCUAAAGGAGUGCGGCGUCGACGUCGACAGUUUGGGGUCUAUUCAGCAUAUCAAGACUCUACAGGACAACGAUCUCUUUAUCCGACUAGAUGUAGCGUACACAAGAGCUAACAAACUGAUAAUCGACUUGCUGUUCAAUGGAUACCACAUUAGGGAAUUUUUGGAAAGCCUGAACAAGUACUUUCUGCUCACAAAUAACAGCAAUUUCGAUGACUUCAUGAGUGACAGUCUUUCCGAGCUGCGCAAGUCGAAAGAACACGCUUCCAUCAACACGCUUAGCAAGCUAUAUCUUUCAAGCUAUCAUAAAGACGACGUGAUAGAAGAUCAUGCAAGCGCCAAGAGCCGACGCCUGAUUUUCAACCUUGCUACCCUGUCGCUCACCAAAUAUACACUACUGGACGAGCUGGUGAUGAUCUUGAGCGCUAAGACCACCAACUCUGAAAAGGUGUUUGCUUCAUCUGACUUGAACUCGCUUAAGAAUCUUCUCAACUCCACACUCGAAGCUAACGAAAACAACGUAAAGACUAGCGUUCUGACAAAUACCAAGAUUGAUCAAUACGCUGUGUUCAGCUUCUGUCUCGACCUCGAAGUGCCUUUUCCGCUGAAUCUGAUUAUCACCAAGUCGCAAAUGGUGGAGUACCAAUUCAUCUUUCGUAAUCUCUGUUAUCUCAAGUUCGUGGAAAAGUGCUUAGAGAUAUCGUGGCGGGAAAUCACACACCAAAGAUUUUGGAAAUGGCAGUUCCGUGAUGAGAGAUUGCACCGGUGGAUCAAGAAGGCCAGGGUUGUUCAUGCCAAGAUGCGGACGUUUGUGAACUUGUGUUUGUUCUACUUGAACUACGACGUGAUGCACGCGAAUUGGAAGAAAGUGGAGGCCGUUCUGGAGAGUUUGAAGACCGACCCGAGUGUGGAACUCGAAACGGUGUUUUCCUCCAUCAAAUCGUUCCUUAGCACCAUUUUGUCUGAAUCGAUGUUGACCAAGAUCAGGCUCGCACAAAUAGUGAACCAGCUUUUUGCAAUCAUUGUUCUGUAUCAUAAUUUCGUGAUGGCUUUAAGAAAAACGCUGAUUUUGAUGGACGAAGAUCUUUUCACAGAAAACCAAUCAAAGCUGUCGCCGGGAACCACCUUUGAUCUCGAAAAGAAUGAAACCCGAAUGAGACGCUUGAUAGCCGGACUCAAGAAUUACGAAGAGAAAUACUACUCCAAAAUGAGCGACAUGAUGGAUGCACUAAAGUAUUACGGUGAGAUAGAUUCUCCGUCGUUAUUACGUCUAUAUGAGGAGCUGGCACUGUCUUUCAAGAUGGAGAUUUACUAA